AUGCGAACUGAGAUUGCAAGAGAAGGGGCCGACCAGCCACCCAACCAGUUCACCAGAAUCAUAAGCCCACCCUCCACUGACUGGGAACAGGAUGUAGUGACCUAUAAUGAUGUGCAUGUCAACUUCACUCAGGAAGAGUGGGCUUUGCUGGAUCCUUCCCAGAAGAAUCUCUACAAAGAUCUGAUGGUGGAAACUUACAGAAACCUCACUGUUAUAGGCUACAAGUGGGAAGAUAAUAUUGAAGAGCACUGUCAAAGUUUUAGAAGACAUGGAAGGUAUGAAAGAAGUCAUACUACAGAGAAACCUUCUGAAUAUACUCAUUGUGUUAAAGCCUUUGAGUGUCAGAGUCUUCUCCUAAAGCAUGAAAGAACACAUACUGGACAUACACCAUAUGAAUGUAAUCAAUAUGUUAAAGCCUUUGAAUGUUCCAGUCAUCUGCAAAGGCAGUUAAGAAGACAUACUGGAGAGAAACCCUAUGAAUGUAAAGAGUAUGGUAAAGCCUUUUUAUGUCAUAGUUAUCUUAAAUGGAAUAAAAGAACACAUACUGGAGAAAAACCCUAUGAAUGUAAUCAGUGUGGUAAAGCCUUUGCAGAAGACAGUUAUCGUCAAGUACAUGAAAGAACACAUACUGGAGAGAAACCCUAUGAAUGUAAUCAGUGUGGUAAAGCCUUUAUGCGUCAUAGUCAUCUUCAAAGGCACAAAAGAACACAUACUGGAGAGAAACCCUAUGAAUGUAAACAGUGUGGUAAAGCCUUUUCAUUUCAGAGUUAUCUUCAAAGUCAUAUAAGAACACAUACUGGAGAAAAACCCUAUGAAUGUAAUCAGUGUGGUAAAGCCUUUUCAUGUCAGAGAUAUCUUCAAAGUCAUAAAAGAACACAUACUGGAGAGAAACCCUAUGAAUGUAAUCAGUGUGGUAAAGCCUUUCUCUGUCAGAGUUAUCUUCAAAGUCAUAAAAGAACACAUACUGGAGAGAAACCCUAUGAAUGUAAUCAGUGUGGUAAAGCCUUUAUGCGUCAUAGUCAUCUUCAAAGGCACAAAAGAACACAUACUGGAGAGAAACCCUAUGAAUGUAAACAGUGUGGUAAAGCCUUUUCAUUUCAGAGUUAUCUUCAAAGUCAUAUAAGAACACAUACUGGAGAGAAACCCUAUGAAUGUAAUCAGUGUGGUAAAGCCUUUGUCUGUCAGAGUUAUCUUCAAAGUCAUGAAAGAACACAUACUGGAGAGAAACCCUAUGAAUGUAAUCAGUGUGGUAAAGCCUUUUCAUAUCAAGGUCAUCUUCAAAGGCAUAAAAGAACACAUUCUGGAGAGAAACCCUAUGAAUGUAAUCAGUGUGGUAAAGUCUUUGCACAAUACAGUCAUCUUCAAAGUCAUAUAAGAACACAUAUUGGAGAGAAACCCUAUGAAUGUAAUCAGUGUGGUAAAGCCUUUUCAUGUCAGAGAUAUCUUCAAAUUCAUAAAAGAACACAUACUGGAGAGAAACCCUAUGAAUGUAAUCAGUGUGGUAAAGCCUUCUCAUGUCAGAGAUAUCUUCAAAUUCAUAAAAGAACACAUACUGGAGAAAAACCCUAUGAAUGUAAUCAGUGUGGUAGUGCCUUUGCACAAUAUGGUCAUCUUCAAAGUCAUGAAAGAACACAUACUAGAGAGAAACCCUAUGAAUGUACUCAGUGUGGCAAAGCCUUUUUAUGUCACAAUGAUCUUCAAAGGCAUAACAGAACACAUACUGGAGAGAAACCCUAUGAAUGUAAUGAGUGUUGUUAA